GAGAGAGAGAUAUAUAUGAGCUCUGUCCAUGAAGAAGAAGCAGAGAACCAGUUCCAUCGUUUGCCGGACGACGUCGUGGUCGACAUCUUCGACAAGGUCUCCGACAUCAAAUGGCUGUGCAGAUGCUUCGUUGUCUCCAAGCGAUUCUCUUCCCUCGUCCCUCUCGUCCAAACAGUCUCCAUCAAAGGCGUUACCUUGGAUAAUAACUGUUCCAAAUCCGGCAAGGAGACCGAGUGGAUCAAUCCCGUAGGAAACGGUUUGCUUGGGAAAUUCUCCAAGUUCUCAGUCAACAACUUGGUCCUCCAACCCUUUCGAGAUUCGAUCUCUGAAUCUCGAGCUCAUCUCCGAUUUCGAUGCUGACAAUGAUUCUGUUUUCAAAUGGGGGGCCAAUUUCACAGCCAAACACCGCAGCAUCACAAGAAUUACAUGUGCUAAGGGGUAUUCACGGACAAAACAAACCUACUGGAAGCAAACACUACUCAAGAAAAGCCAUAGACCAACAAACAAGGAGAACAAAGAUUUACAAAAUAGAAUUAACUCCUAGGGGCAAACACCUUGCAACUGAUACAAAGAGCUAAGAGUUGUAGGAACCAUUCUGUAUGCAUACUGUUAGUGUAAGUGAUCUGAUGGAUCAUUAUGAUAAAAGGAUUGUUUUCACCUCUUUGGUUAUUGAAAACACACCAUAUUUCAGGAGAUCCAUGCACUUUAUUUAGGGGAUCCACUCACUGCACAGGCCCGACGCUUUUGUUCUAGAACUCAAGUUUGAUGCUAUAUCUGAAUUAUGUCUUUACUUGCUGUUGUUGUUACUGCUUUUAUUUCACUUAAUGAUGAAGAACUUUGCCG